AUGACAACUUUAAGAUUACCUCCACUUCCAACUGUACGUGAUUUAGUUAAAUUAUAUCGUUUAAAUGCAGUAAAACAACUUUCGCAAAAUUUUUUAAUGGAUGAAAGAAUGAUUGCAAAAAUUGUGAAAAAUGCUGGAAAAGUAAAAUCAUCGCAUAUUGUUGAAAUUGGACCGGGUCCUGGUGGAAUAACAAGAGCAAUUUUAAGAAAAAUGCCAGAAAAAAUUAUUGUUAUUGAAAAAGAUAAAAGAUUUAAGCCAUUUUUAGGAAUGUUGGAAGAAUCAUUUGCAACAGUUAAUGGUAAAAUGGAUAUAAUUUAUGAUGAUAUUUUAAAAGUAAAUAUGGAAAAAAUGUUUCCCGAGGAGAUGAAAAAAAAUUGGAAUGAUGAUUGUCCUGAUAUUAAUUUAAUUGGAAAUUUGCCAUUUAAUAUUUCAACGCCUCUUAUUAUUAAAUGGCUUCAUGAAAUAUCAGAAAAAAGAGGUCCUUGGACAAUGGGAAGAACAAGAAUGACAUUAACAUUUCAAAAGGAAGUUGCUGAACGUUUGGUUGCUGAAGAAACGGAAUUUCAACGAUGUCGAUUGUCCGUUAUGGCUCAAGCUUGGACGGAACCAAAAUUGAAAUGUAUUAUUCCUGGUAAUGCAUUUGUACCAAAACCUGAAGUUGAUGUGGGAGUAGUUACAUUUACACCUUUAAUUAAACCACGGACAAAACAUAAUUUUAAAUUAUUUGAAAAAAUAACACGUCACGUAUUUUGUUAUCGACAAAAAUACAAUAUAAAGUGUAUUUCAACUCUAUUUCCAAUUGAAUUGCGAAAACAAUUAUCUUUAAUGAUGUUCGGAUUGUGUGACUUAGAUCCAAAUUUGAUUUCAACUUAUCAUUCAGUAGAAGAUAUAAAUAAAUUAUGUACUGCUUAUAAAUAUCUCUGUGAAAAACAUCCAGAAAUUGUUAACUACGAAUUUAGAGCAUCACCUAAAUUAUUAUCAUCAAAAUUGAUAGAAGAUGUACAAGUAAAAGAAGUAGCCGUCUCUUAAAUUGCAAAUUAUCUUUAAAAAAAUCACAUUUGUAAAUAACGAAAUUUUCAUAUUAAAAAUUAAAUUUAUAUUGUUUAUUAA